UACAUUUAUUUAUUUAUCAUUUAUUUAUAAUAUUACAUUCACGCAUUCACACAUAAACAUUCACAACUCACAACAUAACAUCACAUUCAUAACUCACAAACACAUUUCAAUUUAUAUAUUUUAUAUGGCAAAACUUUAUACAUACAGACAGACACGCACACUCCACAUUCACACUAUAUAAUUUCAACGCGCUGCAGAGCGCCGCCCGCGGCGCGUACGCACAACGUGCAACUGCAAAUCAUGCACCGCGCCGCGCCGGCCGGCCAACAGUCGCCUCGCGCUGCUACACUGUGCUGACACCUCGCUCGUUUGCCCUCUCGCCCGCCAUUUUGUUUACGUAUUUUCUUUCUUUAUAUUGUUUCAUAUCGUUUUGUGUUAGUUUUUAAUUUGUGUACGUUGCAUCGUACGUUAUAUCGUGUAUGUGCACAAAUAAACUACAUAGUGGUUUACCUCUAAAAUUGGUGACCCCGAACAAAGAACACGUAAGUCGUUACUGUAUUACUUACAAAAUGGAGGACGCGCAGGACGCGCGUAUACCAUCGGCGUGCGACAACGAGAUCGCCGAAUUAAGGCAAAUGAUUGCAUUGUUAACGCAACAGAUUGACAUACAAUGCUCUGCCCCCGACUCCACCUGCCGACAUCGACAACACAGUCAGGAGCAUACAGCAUUGAAGCACCGACGUCAGCAGCAUCGCGCUAAAAUACAAAAGCGCCAACAGCAACCUGCUCCAGCACCAGCUGAGCCAGCAAUCUGCUGGUAUCACUCCAAAUACCAGGACAAGGCAGUGAAGUGCGUCCAGCCGUGCACUUACAAGCCCGACACCACCUCGACGAUGGCAACAGACGGUUGCCCACCUACAGGUCGCCUCUUCGUGACCGACCGCCGCAGCAACACCCGCUUCCUGGUGGACACCGGAAGCGACAUCUGCGUCUACCCUCGCGCGGCGCUUCGCGAGCGCCGGCAGAAAACAAAUUUUGUGCUCAGUGCGGCUAAUGGAAGUGACAUAGAUACCUACGGCUUUAUUGACCUGUGUCUAGACUUAGAUUUAAGACGUAAUUAUCAGUGGGUUACGCUAAAUUUAGCAAACAAGGCGUCGUAA